UUUUUCAAUCUCAAUCCAACGUUCGACUAUCACACCAUCAAGCGUCUUCUCGAUCAACUCUUCAGUGUAGAUGCUGAGGGUCUCAGUACGCACGCCCUUACGGACUCGGUGCUUUCACAGCCUGACACAGGGACCAUGAUCAAGACUGAUGGAGAGGAUAGCGGCCCAUAUGCAUUCUUGAGCGUUUUGAAUAUCGGCGUACACAACGACAACAUGUCGAUAAAGUUGCUCAGUGAGUACAUUCUAGCAAAAUCGAAAGGAGACAAUGCCUUCCACGAAUCACUAUCGACAAUACUGCGUGAUCCGCAGUGUCAAGUAGGACUCGUUCUAUGCAAAAGGCUGAUCCAUAUGCCGAUGCCAGUGCUACCUCCCGUGUACUGUAUGCUCGUGGAUGAGAUCAAGAAUGCAGUUGAA